AUGCUGUUUUCAUUCUCUAACAUGUCAUUGCCGGAAUCGCUGAUGUCGAUUCAUUCGACUUCUAGCGGUAUUGAUACUGGAUCCGCAUUCGUGGGCGAAGAGGAGAUCACACCUGACGAGGUUCUUCGACAGAUGCGGGUUGCAUGGCAGAAUGAGAUGGCUGCACCAUGUCUUUUGCCUCAUCGUUAUGAUAUCAUAGAAUGUUUGGUGGAUCAAGUAGAGGGAAUGGAAGAGAAUUUGGCAGGACGAACAGACAAGGCAAGCAUCCGAAUUUCUGCACACCGCCUUGAAUUGCACAGGCUAACGUACAUAACUAAUGAUUACAUGCGAAGACGUCUACAAAAAAUUGAGAAGAACCCAAGACGUGCAUUGAGAGAGCACCAGGAAAGAAUAUCUGAAGGUAAACCCGUUCUGUUGUCGGAUCAAGAGAAAAGAUUCGCUGAACGAUAUGCGAAAGCAGAAGCACAACUGAUGGGAAGAACUUGUUUAGGUCGGUUGCAACCAUCGUUUCAAAAAAUUCCUGUACCUGUUACUGAUUUGGAAUGCGAAAGGGUAUAUGCUGAAGUAGUGCAGGAGAACGCCGAAUCAGCUAUUGUUCCUGACUACCAAGACAGAACAGCAGAGGUGGUAGUAGAACUUGAAAAAGGCACCGUACAUUUGUUACCAUAUUUGUCCGUACAACAACAAGUAGAACAGGGUAGUGUUCGGCUUUUAUAG